AUUGUUGUUAUUGCUCUUCGACAGUCUGCCAAUAAUAAUGGCCAAAUCACUUUUCCCACGCCUCAAAAUGAUACAUUUUAUACAAAGUUGGGGCUGGGCCUAGCUGGGGAGGCCUCUGGUGAUUUAGAGACGGGCAUUUCUAAAAUGCCCUUAUCUAAACAAAUCAUGGUAUCCGCCGCCGAAAAACCCCGACAGCCGAAAUGCACCCGGUGCCGUUAUCAUGGGAUUAUUGUCCCGCAAAAGGGCCACAUGAAGCGCUGCCCUUUCCUCAAAUGUGGCUGCUGCAAGUGCAAUCUCGUCACAGAGCGGACUCGGAUCGCCACCCUCCAGCGAAACCUGAAGAGAGCUGAGAAUGCAGUGAUAAGGAUUAAAUCCCAAAAUAAGCAGCAGCGACCCUGCGACCACACCGCUGUCAGCCUAAGGAACCCAGCAGAUGAAGGGGCUUGUGCGUUCUCGGCCACGGAUGGAGACGUUGGUCUGUCGGAGGUCGCGGAAGCACCCCUGGACCUCCGCUGCAAACCUGCGGCAGGACGAGAGCAUGUGGCCGGUUUGGACAGCAGGUGUGUGCUGCCUUUCCCUUCCAGUGAAGGGUGGUGUACAUCUUUUAGUGCCCCUUACAUCAGUGAAUUAGGGCAACCUGUACCUCUGCCUUUUAUUCACUUUCCAUUCGGGGUGCCCAGUUAUUGCCUGAGCAGCUAUGUGCCAUGUCCAAAUGUCAUGCUCAGCGUGCCGUGGUUGCCACCUGUACCUGCUGGGCUGUGCGAAGAUGGCCUCCAAGGGCCCUUAAUCUUGCCCCAAAUCCAGCAGGGUGCAGUGCAUCACUCACCUCCACCAGAGCCUGGACCCCCUGCUGAAUCCAGAAAGGUCUUCUUCACCCUCCAACCACCCCCACUCCAGGAGGAGUUGAUGCCAGUGAAGCACCCACAACCACCGGCCAAACACGAAGAGACAAACAUAGCAGAGCUGGAUUAGAGCACAGAGAGCCAGAUGAUGAGCCAAGUAUCUGCUCCUUUUGUUUCUGAAGGAGAGGAUUUCAUUUUGUUCUGUUCUUGGGUGAAGAUGACCUUGCAGCUUGUUUGCAAACCUGUUCAUUUUGCUGCUGGCAUGAAUGUUUCUGCACUGUUCCUUGUUAAUGUGCUGUUAAAAGCUUGGAUUUGGUGGUUUGUUGCUGAUAAAAGCAAAAAUUAUUUUAUAUUUCUAGUCUCAGAAUUUGUAAUAAACUGAGCUGAAUUUUGGCUUCAGACCUUGUUAACUGUUAAUGUUAACUUGAUGAGAGAGAGUUUUGCCAUUACCUAAUUAUUUACUAAUUU